AAGACAAGAGGACUGUACAGUUAGGUGUUAGAAAAGGAAAAUAGUACACAAAUGCAAAAGAGCAGGGUUUUUUCUUUCUUGUUCUUUUUUCCCUCUCUGGAAGCUUCCAUAUAGCCCCACACAUGACUCUGCCUUCUUCUCUGUUUCUUUCCUCAAAUUCCUGGUUCAAUCUCCCCCAAAAAUUCUAGGGUUUUCUUACUUUCUCCGAAUCGGUCAGAUCAAGAUCCAAAAAUGGACCAUCACCACCAUCAUCAUCAUCAACAACAAUGGCGUCCCAUGCCAAUUCCAGGUAACAUCUGCCCCACCUGCUCAAAUUCCCACUUCCCAUUUUGCCCUCCCUUCAAUCAAAUUCAAAACCCUAGACCCCCAUUCGACCCGCACCUUUUGCCCACGGGUCCGCCCCGCUCGCCGUGGCAUAGAAACCCUAGCUUAGAUAGAGAACCCUACAAUCAAUUUCAAUUACAGCAGUCUUACAGUAAUGGAUUCGCAAAUGAGUAUGAUAGGAACUCUAAAAGACCUAGGGUUGAUGAUAUGCAAUCUAAUAAUCAGAAUUCUGUUGGGGUUUCUUCUGAUAUUGAGCGUAGGUUGAAGCUAAUUCGUGAUCAUGGUAGCUCAUUGGGUGGACCGAUGCUGGGGAUGAAUAAUCACGAAACCAAUAGAUAUGUUCAAGAAAGUUUAGGUUUUGAUGGGAAUUAUGGGAAAUUUGAUGGUUCUUGGGAGAGUAGGAGUGAAUUGGGACCAAUGGGUGUUAGGAAUAUGGAGAUGAAUAAUUUCCAUGACCCGAGGUUUGGUCCCGGUGAUAGAGUAGGGCAACCAUAUAUGCAGAGUAAUAGGAAUGGGUUUCUCAAUGAAGAAGAAUUUGUGCAUUCGUCUAGAUAUGGGAUUAAUAAUGUGGAUCAGGCGCCUCCUCCUCCUCCUCCUCCGCAUAUAUCUCAGCGCGUGCCACCUUAUCCGGGUUCUGAAGUUCCUAAUGAUCAUUAUCAUAAUACCCAUAAUCCGCAAUGGCGUCAAGUUAGUGAUUCUGUGCCAGAAAGUGAAUUGAGGUAUUCUCAUAUGAACAAUUGGCAUGGACCAAGUGUUAUGUACCCUGAACAAAGAGGCAGUGUUGCAAUGGAUAAUUGUGGUCCUAAAAAUCAGCAGCAACAACAACCCUAUGGAAUGCAGUAUCCUGUUGAUACGAGACAGCCACUUGAUGUUGGUUUUCAAUCAAAAGAUGGCAAUCGUGGUCCAAUUCGGCAUCAUAGUAUGCCUGGAGUUACUCAACAUGGUGCUCCAAAUCUGAAUGAGCGUGGAGGAUACUUUCAAUCACCUUCUGGUGGUAGCAUGGUUUUUGAAAAUACGGGUCAAACGGAGGCUACUCGGUUUUAUAGUGGGCAGCCUCCUAUUCCAGCUUCUCCACCACCACCUCUUCCUUUUGACCCGACAUUUCGCCCUUCUUCAGAGUUGAAAGCAUACUCUUCACCACCUAAAACAACUGCUUCUCUUUUUCCUGUUGCUGUUAGUUCAUCGGCCAUGGUGCCUACAUCUUAUCAACCCAUUCCCAAGGCCCACUCUUUGAGCCCACCACCCUAUUACCAUAAUAAACCUCUUAUGCAUGCUUCCACUGGCUUUUUUUCAGAGGCUGUGGGGGAUGGGCAACCUUUUUCUCUAAAGCAAUUAUCUUCAGAUAAGCCAAAAGUUAUUGAUGCUUCCCACUUAUUUAAGCGGCCACAUCGAGCUACCCGCCCUGAUCAUAUUGUGAUAAUCCUUCGAGGGCUUCCAGGUAGUGGGAAGAGCUACUUAGCAAAGAUGUUACGUGACCUUGAGGUGGAAAACGGUGGUCAUGCUCCACGUAUUCAUUCUAUGGAUGAUUAUUUCAUGACUGAGGUUGAAAAGAUUGAGGAAGGUGAUGCUUCAAAGAGUUCUGUUAGAGGCAAGAAACCAAUAAUGAAGAUGGUGAUGGAGUAUUGUUAUGAACCUGAAAUGGAGGAGGCAUAUCGUUCAAGCAUGUUGAAAGCAUUCAAGAAGACCCUUGAGGAGGGGGGUUUCACCUUCAUUAUUGUGGAUGACCGCAAUCUGCGGGUAGCUGAUUUUGCUCAGUUUUGGGCAAUUGGAAAGAGUUCGGGUUAUGAAGUUUACAUAUUAGAAGCUACAUAUAAGGACCCUGCGGGCUGUGCAGCUAGGAAUGUGCAUGGUUUUACCCAAGAUGAUGUUGAAAAAAUGGCCAGGCAAUGGGAGGAAGCUCCAUCUUUGUACUUGCAACUUGAUGUCAAGACAUUAUUCCAUGGGGAUGACCUGAAAGAAAGUGGAAUUCAAGAGGUAGAAAUGGACAUGGAAGAUGAGGAUGUUGAUGGAAAUUUAUCUGGACUGCAAGAAAGAAUGCCUGAGAAUAACAUAGUACCUCCUCUAGGAGAAGAUACACCUGAUGAUUCUUCAAAGGAUGGGAAUAGAUGGGACUCUGAAGGAGACCAUCUGACGGAAGAAGUGAAAGAAUUAGGUAGGAGUAAAUGGUCAGAUGAUUUAGAUGAAGAAGAUACUGAAAGAACUGAACGUGUGAAAGGUAAUGUAAAUGCUCUUUCUGGAUUGAUUCAAGCAUAUGGCAAGGGUGCAAAAUCUGUACGUUGGGCUGACAAGGUAGGCAACACUGGAUUUUCUUUACAUGCAACCAAGAAGGCAGAUGUGUCAUCUUUAGUGAUUGGACCUGGCACUGGGUACAACUUGAAGUCCAACCCAUUACGUGAAGAAACCUCAGCACCAAGUUCUGGUGCUGGUGAGUCAAAGAGGCAGAGCAUAUUCCAAGAGCGAUUACGUGCAGAGCGUGAAUCAUUUAAAUUAGUUUUUGACAGAAGACGACAACGGAUUGGACUUGGUUUGGAGGAGGAAUAAGUACAUUUAAUGAUGCUUACCUAAUUCACCUUGUAUCAUCAUUUUUUUUUCUUUUUUCUUUUUUUUUUUUGGGGGGGGCGGGGUUGGUGUGGUUAGUGCAGAGGUUGAGGAAAGGGUGGUUCAGUCCCAUUUCUGCAAUCAUAUAGUGUCACCGUCAGGAUGGGGACUGAUUGAUUAGAAGUUGAAUAGUUUUCAUACACACAAUCUUCUGAUUGCGAGGGUUUGUAUUUCAUGUUGUUGUAAUAAUAAUUUUUGUUAGAAUAACUAAAUGAAAAAUUUUGCAAAGUAAAAUUGUUUGUU